UGUACUCUGUAUGGAGUACACGGAUUCACAAUAGGACCCAGGUGCCAAUCCAGCCCUAUGAAACCCAACGCAAAAUCCCCCAUUUUCAUCCAAGUGAGGGGCAAACAAAGGUACAUCAGCCGUUGCCCUUAGUGCCGCCAAUCCAAACGGAGCCUCGGAUACCAUCUGAUUGAUUGCUGAAAGCCCGACGACCCGCAAUUGAAUCAGCUCAAGGUUUAGGGCCAUGGGACUGGCUUUGGGGUGUUUAUCUUUGCAGCAACCCCCCUCCCCCACCUCGGAAUACCCUUGAGAUUAAGCCCGGACCUUUCUCACUCUGGUCAAGCUCCCAGACAAAGACACAGAUCUCCCUGUCGUCUCACAACCCGGACGGAUUCCGAUUUUUAUCCUUCUUUUCUUUUUGAUCAUCUCCUUCCUCCAACCCUCAUCUUCUCGUCCUCGGAUCAAGCCAGCUUGGUCGUUGUCUGUCUCCCAGCUUUAGAACGAUGUCCAAGCUCUUUGUUCACGGCCUUUCUUGGCAUACUAGCGAUGACACCUUGCGCGAAGGUUUCCAGCAAUUUGGCGAGAUCCAAGAAGCCAUUGUCGUGAAGGACCGUGCGACUUUACGUAGCCGCGGCUUCGGCUUUGUUCGCUUUGCUACUGACGCCGAAGCGGAUGCUGCUCUGGGCGCCAUGAACAACCAAGAAUUCGACGGACGGGUCAUUCGCGUUGACAAGGCGUUUGACCGCCCCCAACGCCCCGAAGGUGGCUUCCAGGGCCGUGGUGGAUACAAUUCCCAGCCCCAAUCCAGUUACCAGGGUGGUGCAGGUGGUGGCUAUGCUGGCGGCUACAACAAUGGCGGGUACAAUAACGGCGCUGCCGCUGCUGGUGGAUACGGUGGGGGCUACAACCGUGGUUACAACAACAACUAUACCCCUAGCGGUCCCGCCGGCUACGGCGCAGGUGGUCCCGGCGGUUAUGGUGGUGGCCCAAAUACCGGCUAUGGCGGUGGCGGAGGCUGGCGCGGGAACAACCACGAGCAGGGUCCUCAAGACGGUCACCAUUAGAUGAUUGAGUGUCUUUUCAGUUCCUCUCUAUGCGCCUUUCUUCUUCGGCAAUUCCUUCUAAAAGAAGUGACGAUCUACGACGGCUGGAAUAUGGUGGAAGAUGGAUUGGGAACAUCAGGGUGCUACCCUGAUUAUUGGAUUCUGUAACGGGGGCUUGUUAUUUUUCUUCGCGCUUGACUUGCUAGGAAGGGAAUAUGGGUUUCCGGCUCAAUCUUGGGUUUCAUUUGAUGCAGAUUUGAACUUUUAUACGGUUGCGUUUCGACCUUUUGAGGCCUUUUUUUCUCUCUUUGGCAGAAUGACCCAUGUGGUUUCAUAUCUGCAAUGCCUGUUUGCGUUUCACGGCAUAUCCUUCCUAUAACAGGGCACACGGAGGAGACCAAUGAUUUGAUGGAUAUUUAAGCAUAAUCUGAAUCUAUCCCCGGGGCUCCGGGGCCAGCAAGGAUUACGGGUGACGAACCAAACUAUGUACCACGACCACGAGGUUUUUCCCAGGCGACAAAAUCAGGCAUCGCCCGCCACUUCUAUUUAAUGUUCUAUCAUUUUGGGCGACGAUCAUAU